AAGCGGAGGGGAUCGGAGGCCGGGCAGCGGCUGCUCCGCCCCCCCCCCCCCUUGCCGGCGCCGCUCCCUCUCGCCCACGACGGCGGCGUGGCCCCGAGAGGAGCGGAAGAGGCGCGGCCACGGGCUCCGUGCGGCGGGAUGGCGGCGGCGGCGGCGCCGCGGUGCGGGGAGCGGCGGCGGCCUGAGGCCGGCGUGCUGCGGCUGCUGGCGCUGCUGCUGCUGGCGGGCGCGGCGGGCGCCGGGCAGCUCUCCAAAUGGCGGGUGCCCGUGCCCAUGGGGAAGAAGUUUUUUAACUUUGGGAAGAUUCUCUUCAGCAACACCACCAUUUUCCUGAGAUUUGAAGGAGAUGAGAAGGCUUGUGAUCCCUCCCAGAGUUACAACGUUACUUGGUACUUAAGAUACUCUGAUUGCUACAAUGAAGUCUUCAACUUUGGGGAAGAACAGGCAGAGUACUAUUUUGGGACUACAUAUGAAGAACAUGCGGGUUGGUCCGGAUACUAUGCCACAGCUUCUCUACUGUUUCCAAAUUGCUCUGAGCUCUUCAGGCCCCAGAUUUUCUAUAAAGAAUUUGUUCAUCCAGAGCCUCUCUCACCUGAGAAACAAGAGGGUGUAAAAGAUAAGAAGGAGAGCGCAGCAAAUCACACAAUGGUGGCAGAUAAAAUUGAAAUGAAUGCUGUUAUUAAAACUUGGCGAGAUGGGCCAUAUAUAUUUAUUGUACAAAUUGGAGCUAUAUCUGCAAAAGAUUCUACUACGAAAGUUAAAAGAACGGAGAAAACAACACCUUCCUCAAAUGUCAAAGAGAAGCUCUUCACAAUGACAGUAGAACUGAAGGGGCCAUAUGAGUAUCUAUCACUUGCAGACUAUCCUCUGAUGAUUUUUUUCAUGGUGAUGUGUAUUGUGUACGUGUUCUUCGGGGUUCUAUGGCUUGCGUGGUCAGCGUGUUACUGGCGGGAUCUCCUGAGGAUCCAGUUCUGGAUUGGUGCAGUUAUCUUCCUGGGCAUGCUUGAGAAAGCAGUCUUCUAUGCAGAGUUCCAGAAUAUCCGCUACACGGGAGAAUCAGUACAAGGAGCACUAAUACUGGCAGAACUGCUGUCUGCUGUGAAACGUUCACUGGCUCGAACUCUGGUCAUUAUAGUCAGCCUGGGAUAUGGAAUAGUCAAGCCUCGCCUUGGAGUUACUCUUCAUAAAGUAGUUAUGGCUGGAGCCCUUUAUCUGUUAUUUUCCGGCAUGGAAGGUGUUCUUAGAGUCACAGGGUUUUUCUAUGACACUGUGGCUCUGAUAGCAAACUUGGCCCUGUCCUUGAUUGAUGCCUGUAUUGUUUUGUGGAUAUUCAUCAGCUUGACUCAAACAAUGAAACUGCUAAAACUUCGAAGGAAUGUUGUGAAACUCUCUUUGUAUCGGCACUUUACCAACACACUCAUCUUGGCAGUAGCAGCAUCCAUUGUAUUUAUCAUCUGGACCACCAUGAAGUUCAGGCUGGUGGACUGUCAGUCGGACUGGCAGGAGCUGUGGGUGGAUGAUGCUAUCUGGCGCUUAUUGUUUUCAAUGAUCCUUUUUGUCAUCAUGAUUCUGUGGAGACCAUCUGCUAACAACCAAAGGUUUGCUUUCUCACCGCUGUCUGAAGAAGAGGAUGAUGAUGAGCAGAAAGAGCCGAUGUUGAAGGAAAGCUUUGAAGGAAUGAAAAUGAGAAGUACAAAGCAAGAGCCAAAUGGGAAUGUGAAAGCAAAUAAAGCUCAGGAAGAUGACCUGAAGUGGGUAGAAGAGAAUGUUCCUUCAUCGGUGACUGAUGUUGCGCUUCCAGCUCUUCUAGAUUCAGAUGAGGAAAGAAUGAUUACACACUUCGAAAGGUCCAAAAUGGAAUGAAGGAUAAGGCUUUUGUUGUUGGAAGUGGAGACGCCUCUUUCAAAGUUGCUUGGUGGAGCAAGUGCAUCCUGCUGAUUUGUUUCUCGAUCACAGCCUUGGAAGUUUGAUGCUUUAUUGUCACGAGGACGUCUUGCUGUGGAAGAAGUUCACAAGGACAUUGAUAAACCAUUUGGAAAUUUUGAAAUUACAAAGUUGCUGCAAGUUUGGAUUUUUAAGCAAUUUAAAUGUGUACUAUUCCAGCACCUUCUGUAACUUUUCAAAUAUUUAAUCUGUGAAACUAAAAUUCCUAAUGUCUGCUUGAGGAGUUUAUAUUUCAGUGUUAAAGUUGACAACGUGCAGGUGAAUUGCCUUUACCUUUUUUGGUGGAGGGUGGGAACAGAUAGAAAUAAGCACUGAAGAAAAAAGUUAUUUUCUGGUAGGAAAGGGCUUAGGCUGUUCUGUGUUGCAUGUCCAACGUGAAUGAGAGGUUUUAGAGAGAAGCUCCCGUUAACUAAGAAAAUUAAGAUGUCAGAAAAGAGAUAUUUGGAAAAGUUACAGGGAUAGGAGUUUUUAACAAAAUCAAGUGCAAUUUUAUUCAUAACACUGUGUAAGAGAUUUUCUAUUUUAAAAUGCCAUUGACCUAUAGGUAACAGUUGUGUAGAGCUAACACUUGUUGUGGCACAUCUCAUUGCCGGCAAUGUGGUGGAUGCCUGGAAAAAAUAUUUGCCCCUACCUUCCAUGUGUUGCAUGGUUUAAUUAAAAAAAAAAAAAAAAAGCAAAACAUGUAACAAAGAAAAACCAAACCCACUCCUGCAAUGCUCCACAAGUGCUUGACUAUUCAUGUUAAGCAGAUACUAACUAGACAUUUCAGCAAACCUCUUCAUCCCUCCAUGUGUAACAUCUCACACCACCCAGUCAACACUCCUUUAUGAGAAGAUGGCAUUGCUUUCCAGAGUGUGUCAGCACUGCUGCACCGCUUAGUUUACUUGGAAGAGGAUUGGAUGGGAUGACACAGUGCUGGGAUACUUUACUUUCUAAUGUCUGUUUAUUGCCUCUAUUGGAAGUGAUUUGAUGAUGGCCUUCCUGUCCCAGUUGGUCCCUUUGGCCAAGAGGUACUCUGAUAAGAUCAUUGUGUUUAAGUCAAUGCUGUAGAUUUUUAUUCUAUACAAUUGUUUUUUUUCCUCCUUUUCAAAUGAAAAAGAGCUUUUGGACAGUUUUCUGUUUUUAUUUUGGUUUGCUGCGGAGGCUUUGCUUGCAGAAACUUCUACCUGGAAACCCGAUGUAGACUGUAUGAUAAAAGCUCUAAUUUGGGUUCGUAAUCUUUACAUCUGACAAUUACCAAGUACAUGUCAGCAGAGCUAGACUUUUAGGGAGCUGCUAGACAAACUACUGUGGGUACUGCUGGAAGGGCUUAAAGAGUCAGCUUUUCUUUUUCUUCACUCACAGCCAAGUCAGCAGAAGUGAAUGCAUGCCUGUACUUGAUUCCACUGUAAAGAGGGGGGACUUAGCUCUAGUUCAUCAGCAACUGAUGCUGGAACAUGGCACUUUACAGUAGAGUAGUUGAAGCGCAAGUUCAGUGUCUUCUGUCAGCUGUGCUGUGGAGGCAGCAAACCGUCAGCAGAUGGGCAGAGAAAAAAAAUGAGCCUAUAGCAGCUGCAUCUCCAAGAUUUGGGAGUAUGUCCCCCAGCAUCUACCUGUGGCCUAAAGGGGAUGGAUCUUUAAUGAGAAAACACGUCGACUUCUAAUUCGCUAUGCACAAUUGAUAAAGAUGAAACCAGGCGGUCUCCAUGCCCUUUGGGGAGAAGAAAUUUUGUGACAGCAACAUGGAACUAUUUAAUGUUUUUUUCCUCUAAGUCCUAUUGUUUUGGGGUGUUUAUUUUUGAGACAAGGCAAAAUGUUCUCUAUUGGAAGCACAAAAGAAGUUUGUAUAUACUAUUUAAUAAAAGCUAGGCAAAGAGUA